AUGGACAGGAAUAUUCUUGAUGCUGCUAGUGGUGGAGCACUAAUCGAUAAAACUCCAACUGCUGCCAAAGCACUUAUUGAAAAUAUGUCUCUUAAUUCUCAACAGUUCACUACUAGAGACAAUUCUGUUCACAGCAAAGGCGUGAGUCAAAGUCAAGUUUCUUCCAACAAGGCUUUAGAGACCAGAAUUGACGAACUCACCACCUUAGUCAAACAACUGGCAGUAGCAAAACCUCAAACAAUAACUGUGUGUGGCAUUUAUACUUCUCCUGAGCACCCGACCGAUACUUGUCCUAUUCUGAGAGACGAGUCCAUUACUGAGCUGCCACAAGCUUAUGCAGCCAACCUUUACAAUCAAAACAGGUACAACAACACUCCUGACCUGUCCACCCACAAAUACCAUCCCAAUUGGAGGAACCAUCCCAACCUUCGAUAUGGAAAUCCACAAUCCAGCCAACAACAGAACUCACCUCAAGUGGCUGCCCCUGCACCUUCCGGACCAUCCUUAGAGGAUCUUGUUAAGCAAAUGGCCGUGAACAACCUCCAGUUCCAACAAAGGACCGAUGCCAGCAUUCAGACCUUGAACACACAAAUGGGACUGCUUGCUACUCAAAUAAAUAACAUGCAAGCUCAAGGUUCAAACCAACUUCCUUUCCAAACAAUUGUGAAUCCAAAAGGCCCUAAUGCUAAUGUGAGUGCAAUUUCCUUGAGAUCCAAGAAGGUAACAGAACCAGCCCCAGAAAAAAAUAAAAAAAUUCUUGAGGUGACACCUGAACCUUCUUCCGUUGUGAUAGAAACUGAACCCUCUAUUGUGGUAGAAACUAAAAAAGAAAAAGAGAAAGAGUAUGUGCCACCAGUUCCCUUCCCACAUAGAAUACUGAAAAAUAAAAGGACUGGUGAUGGAGACAAGGAGAGAGAGAUUUUAGAUGUGUUUAGAAAAGUGGCGGUAAACAUUCCGCUUCUUUAUGUUAUUAAGCAGGUUCCAAAGUAUGCAAAAUUUCUAAAAGACUUGUGCACAAGUAAGAAAAGGUUGAAGGGAAAUGAGAGAGUACAUUUGGGAUGA